AUGUUCACGGUUCAGGAGAUAGACCAAGGAGCCACAUCCGGCCGAUCUACGUCUAGAAAAUGGCCGACAAAACCAAAUCACGGCAUAGGCGUGCCCACUGGCUGGAAAACACUUCAUGGAGCUUCAUUAACACACUUCCAAAGAAAGAGUACAAAACGAACGAGUCAAUCUCAAGGAUGGCCAAGAAACCUCUCCAUGGAGCCGAUUGGACCACUUUGUGAAGGAUCUCUCACAUCGCUCGUUCUAAUGAUCUCAAACUUCAUCAGUGGGCAGAAACUAUCAGGAUGCUGGCUAAUUAGUCCAUCCGGAUUGACCAGCUCUCUACUGGCCUCUGUAGGAAGUUGCUUGGGGCAAUGCUUCUUCGAAGUGGAAGAUCCGGCUGGGACACCAUGCAUUGAUUCAAAAUCACGCUUCGGUGAUGGGGUUGAGCCAUCAUCUGAAAUGCUUUGGCUGUUACUCUUGACAACCGACAACUAA